UGGCAUUUUGACCGACCCAAACCCUUGCCAAGAAAGCCAAUUCCCUAUUCUCGUAGAGCCUGAGCUUUGAGGCAUCAGCGACUUGGACACGGCUUUUCCCGGAGCGACGGCAGACGGGAGACUGAGACUGAGAAAAACGCACGGAGCACCCGGAGCUUCUUUCUGUAGUUGGACAGUGCGCUUCUACUACUGGCUGAAAUGGCUGGCUGACUUUCGCGGGUUUGCUGAUUUGCGGGUCGCGGCAAUUUGUUAGCUCUCUCCGACCUCCAUCUUGAAUCUUGACCUCGGUGUUUCCCAAGUGUGUAGAGACCAGACGACAAGAGAGUGUAGACUCCUCACCACCUCGCCUACCUAUCACCGACUAUCAACCGCCACCCCGGUCGACAAUCACCCAUCACCAUGUCUGCCCCUUCUCUCGUCCAGGCCGUCGCUAAGCGGGGCUGGUUGAACAAGAUGCUCAAGCCCGUCUCCAACUGGUACAUCAAUGCCGCCGGCUACCGUCAGAUGGGUCUCCGCGCCGACGACCUCAUCUCCGAGGAGAACGAGACCGUCCUCGCCGCCCUCCAGCGCCUUAGCCCCAAGGAGUCGUACGACCGCAUCUACCGCAUCCGCCGCGCCACCCAGCUCUCCCUCACCCACAAGCUCCUGCCCAAGAACGAGUGGACCACCCAGGAGGAGGACGUCCCCUACCUCCGCCCCCUGAUCGACCAGAUCGAGGCCGAGGCCGCCGAGAAGGACGCUCUCGACACCCUGGCUGUCGUCAAGAACUAAACGCGGGACUUAUAAAGCGGUGGGAACUGGACUGGCCGACUUUUCGACGGGAACCGAACCUUUUUUUUGGGGGAGAAGGAACCG